AUGGCUGACAGUGACAAGAGCGCGAGCAAGGAAUUGGAGGCUGAGGAGGAAGAAGUCGAGGGAGAAGGAGGCAACACCGAGGCCGGGGAUGGGAAGAAAAAGAAAAAGAAGAAGGCCGGCAAGAAAGACGGAGGUUACCCGAGCACUGAGACAAAUGAUGGCGAGGAGGGUGAGACGCAAACCACCGACUCUCAGACCCAGCUGCUGCAAAUGUUGCGGAAGCGAGGUCCCUGCGAGGAGUCUCGCCGUGCCAGCGCACGAGAGCAUGCUUUCUGGGACACCCAGCCGGUUCCGUCGAUGAGCGCCGAGUAUGACCAGGAUACAGGACCGCUUGAUGCGGCAAAGACACCCGAUGAUGUGCGAGCGGAGCCAUAUCAUCUGCCGGCCCAGUUUGAAUGGUGCACCUGCGAUGUGGAUUCGGAGACUGAGAUCCUGGAGGUGUAUACGCUUUUGACGGAGAACUACGUGGAAGAUGAUGACAGCAUGUUUCGCUUCGACUACUCCACGGACUUUUUGCGAUGGGCUUUGAAGCCACCAGAGUACUUGAGGAACUGGCAUUUGGGCGUUCGUGUCAAAGGUGGUGGCAAGCUCGUCGGCUUCAUCACCGGAAUCCCUGCCAACAUUCAGGUUUUCGACAAAGUUGUCCAGAUGGCCGAAAUCAACUUCCUCUGCGUGCACAAGAAGUUGCGCUCCAAAAGGUUGGCUCCAGUUCUUAUCAAGGAGAUAACUCGCCGCGUAAAUCGGGAGAACGUAUGGCAAGCGGUUUACACAGCUGGAGUGGUUCUGCCAAGACCGGUCAGUGAGUGCCGACUCUCGGAUAGGCAUGAGAUCGCGGCUGUUGCGGCUUGUGCUUUCCCGUGA